ACAAUGAACGAACACAAUUGAUUAAUUCUUCAAAUCCUCAGGGAAUUCGGACAGUAUCCUAUUCCGAUAUUCAUUCAUAUCAGAACCCGCCGACCGAUAAACCCUUGGCCGACACAAACACAUGACAUGGGAAAAACAAGAAAGAUGAGAGACGUGAUGGGGGCUAUCAAAGACAAAGCCUCUCAAAGCAAAGCAGCCAUCCUCUCCAAACUAUCCGCCUCCGCCGCCUCCUCCUCCCCCUACUCUCUCCACCUCACCCUCCUCCGCGCCACAACCCAUGACCCCUUUGCACCCCCACCCCAAAAACACCUCGCCAAUCUCCUCUCCUUUGGCAACAGCUCACGCGCCACCGCCUCCGCCGCCGUCGAAUCCCUCAUGGACCGCCUCCAAACCACCCACGACUCAGCCGUCGCCAUCAAGUGCCUUCUUGCCGUCCACCACGUGAUCAAGUACGGCUCCUUCAUCCUCCAGGACCAGCUCGCCGUCUACCCAGCCGCAGGAGGCAGAAACUACCUCAACCUCUCCAAUUUCAGAGACGAUUCUACCCCUUUAGCUUGGGAACUCUCCUCCUGGGUCCGAUGGUACGCUCAGUACGUCGAGAACCUCCUUCUCACAUCUCGGCUUCUGGGUUUCUUCCUCGGAUCCAAUUCCUGCACUGUGGAUAAAGAGAAGGAGGACGACCGAGUCUCCGCCCUUAUGAACGCCGAGUUGGUCCGAGAGACCGAGUUGUUGGUGAGUUUGAUGGAAGAGAUUUGCAGAAGGCCCGUGUCGUUGGAUUUGGACGGGAACAGAUUGAUGAUGGAGAUUUUGGGUUUGGUGGGUGAGGACCAGAUUUGUGCGAUGAAUGAAACUAUAGUCCGAGUCAACGAGUUCGACGAGAGGCUGAGUUGUCUGAAUUUAUGCGACUCGGUCGAGUUGCUGAGUGCGUUGAAGCGGUCGGAGGAGUGCGAAGGGCGGCUUCUGGCGGUGCCGAAUGUGAAGAGUGAUCUGGUUAAUGGGUUUUGGAGGCUGAUUAAAGAGACGGUGGUGAAGGCUGCGAAGGUGAAGGAGGAGGAGGGGAACGGGAAGUUGGUGGUGGCCAAGAGAAGACAUAGUUUGAGUGAGUCGGCUCGGUUUGGUGACCGAGAUAUCAGACCAUCUGACUCGGUUCGAUUCCCGUCGGGGAGACCUGUUUCAUUUGGGUAUUGAAUUGUGUGCUCGAUGAAUUUAAAUUUUUUUUAAAUUUUUGUUCUUAUUUUUUGGCUCUUUGCCUCAUACAUGUAAAAUUCUUGAUAUGAAUUUACUCGAACAAACCCUAAAUAAUUGAACGAGCAAAUUUUCUUUUUGCUUAAUUAUUUGCGAAAUAAA